CAACCCCCAAACCAAAAACACAUCCUCGGCUUGGGAAGCAAUAGUGGAGGGGUCCGCUCCUCCCAGAAGGCGGUGCUGCCAGCCUGGGCGGACCACGCGGAGAGUUGUGGGGCGGAUAGCUGUCCUCCUGAUGAAGACUCAUAGAGUCGGGUGGGAGGGGGACUGCAUAUCCCAGCAUGCCCCGCGGUGGGCCCGACCGGCCGCGACUCGGGGCUUGGCCCCGGCCCUAGCUCGUCGGCGGUGUGUUGGGGCGCGUGGAGGCUACAGUCACGGUGGCGCCCGCGGGGACGGAGGAGGGAAUGAGUGAAGAGGAGCAGGGCUCCGGCACUACCACGGGCUGCGGGCUGCCCAGUAUAGAGCAAAUGCUGGCAGCCAACCCGGGCAAGACCCCGAUCAGCCUUCUGCAGGAGUAUGGGACCAGAAUAGGGAAGACGCCCGUGUACGACCUUCUCAAAGCCGAGGGCCAAGCCCACCAGCCUAAUUUCACCUUCCGGGUCACCGUUGGCGACACCAGCUGCACUGGUCAGGGCCCCAGCAAGAAGGCAGCCAAGCACAAGGCAGCUGAGGUGGCCCUCAAACACCUCAAAGGGGGGAGCAUGCUGGAGCCGGCCCUGGAGGACAGCAGUUCUUUUUCUCCCCUAGACUCUUCGCUGCCUGAAGACGUGCCGGUUUUUACUACUACAGCCGCUGCUACUCCCAUUCCAUCUGCUGUUGCAACCAGGAGCCCCCCCAUGGAGGUGCAGCCCCCCGUGUCCCCUCAGCAGUCUGAGUGCAACCCUGUUGGCGCUCUGCAGGAGCUGGUGGUACAGAAAGGCUGGCGGUUGCCAGAGUACACGGUGACCCAGGAGUCUGGGCCAGCCCACCGCAAAGAGUUUACCAUGACCUGCCGAGUGGAGCGUUUCAUUGAGAUUGGCAGCGGCACUUCCAAAAAGCUGGCAAAGCGUAAUGCAGCGGCCAAAAUGCUGCUUCGAGUGCACACGGUGCCUCUGGAUGCCCGGGAUGGGAACGAGGCGGAGCCUGAUGACGAUCACUUCUCCCUUGGUGUGGGCUCCCGUCUAGAUGGACUUCGGAACCGGGGCCCAGGCUGCACCUGGGAUUCUCUGCGCAAUUCGGUGGGAGAGAAGAUCCUGUCCCUCCGCAGCUGCUCCCUGGGCUCCUUGGGCGCCCUGGGCCCUGCCUGCUGCAGCGUCCUCAGCGAGCUGUCUGAGGAGCAGGCCUUCCAUGUCAGCUACCUGGACAUUGAGGAGUUGAGCCUGAGUGGCCUCUGCCAGUGCCUGGUGGAGCUGUCCACACAGCCAGCCACCGUGUGUCACGGCUCUGCAACCACCAGGGAGGCAGCCCGUGGUGAGGCUGCACGCCGCGCCCUGCAGUACCUCAAGAUCAUGGCGGGCAGCAAGUGAAGCCCCAGCUGGACUCAUGGACAUACAUCGUUUGCUCCCUGCUCUUCCUGCCCCUGGCCCACGCAUCUGCCCGGCUCUGGUACCCCCGGAGGUGCCAUCUCUACCUCUGACACAGACUGCCUGCCUGCAGGCUGAGGAGGGCACAGGGCCAGGAGCCUGGGACCAUGGGGCCUCGGCUGGCCCAGGUUCUGUCCUCACGUUACUGGUGAUGACAAAGAGGAAUGAAAUCGGGGCAGGGGGCUCUUCAGUAAGAAAGAGCCCCAAAUAAAUGUGCUGCUUUUUGGAUUCUUAAA